AUGGCAGAUAUCUUCAACUACACAACAUGCAGACAGCUGUCUCAAAUGUUGUUUGCCGUAAUCUUUUUCCACAGCUCCGAGUAUGUUCUGGCAAUAACCAUUCAUGGGAAAAACAAUGUUUCCCUGAGGUCUCUUUUAAUCAGCAAGAGUUAUCUCCUAGCCAUGGUUGGUUCGUUGGUAGAGUACUUCAUAGAAAUUUAUUUCUUCCCAGAGAUUAAAGAACACUGGUUUUUAAGCAACACGGGCCUAGCCAUGGUGGUUUUUGGCGAAAUUAUUCGGAAAUUAGCUAUAAUUACAGCUGGCAGGUCUUUUACUCAUCUCAUAAGGAGACAUCACGAGGCGCAUCAUGUGUUGGUAACUCAUGGGGUUUAUAAGUAUAUGAGGCACCCGAGCUAUUGUGGCUUUUUCAUAUGGUCGGUUGGUACACAGAUAAUGCUAUGUAACCCGGUGGCUACAGUCGCAUUUGCAUUCGUCGUGUGGCGUUUUUUCCAUAUGAGGAUACCGUACGAGGAGUUUUUCUUGAGGCAGUUUUUUGGUUCGGAUUAUGAAGAGUAUGCUAGAAGGACAGUGUCUGGGGUCCCGUUUAUCGACUGA